AUGCAACUCAACCUGACGCUGAUCUGCUUCGUCUUCGGGGGGUUCCUGCCCGACGCCGCGGCCCGGCGGGAGCAGAUGGACACGGGGCAGUGCGACCUGCCCCGCUCGCAAGGAGAGCUCAACUCCUUCCUCUGGACCAUCCGCCGCGACCCCCCCGCCUAUCUCUUCGGCACCAUCCAUGUGCCCUACACGCGGGUGUGGGACUUCAUCCCCGACAACUCCAAGGCCGCCUUCCACGCCAGCUCCAGCGUCUACUUCGAGCUGGACCUCACCGACCCCUACACCAUCUCGGGGCUGGCCAGCUGCCAGAUGCUGCCCCACGGGGAGAACCUGCAGGACGUGCUGCCCCGGGAGCUGUACCGCCGCCUCAAACGCCACCUGGACUACGUCAGGCUGAUGCUGCCCCACUGGAUGACCCCGGACCAGCGGGGCAAAGGGCUCUAUGCCGACUACCUCUUCAACGCCAUCGCCGGCAACUGGGAGCGCAAGAGGCCCGUCUGGGUGAUGCUCAUGGUGAACUCCUUGACGGAGACGGACGUCCGCUCCAGAGGGGUGCCGGUGCUCGAUCUCUACCUCGCCCAGGAGGCCGAGAGGAUGAAGAAGACGACGGGUGCGGUGGAGAGGGUGGAGGAGCAGUGUCACCCGCUGAACGGGCUCAACUUCUCCCAGGUGCUGUUUGCUCUAAACCAAACCCUGCUCCAACACGAAAGCCUCCGAGCAGGUAGUUUGCAGGCCCCGUAUACCACUGAAGAUCUCAUCAAGCAUUAUAACUGUGGAGACCUGAACGCUGUCAUAUUCAACCAUGACACUUCUCAGGUUCCUAACUUCAUCAACACGACGCUCCCACCCCACGAGCAAGUGACGGCUCAGGAGAUAGACAGCUACUUCAGACAGGAGCUCAUCUAUAAGAGGAAUGAGAGGAUGGGGAAAAGAGUGAUGGCGCUUUUAAGGGAGAACACAGACAAGAGCUUCUUCUUUGCCUUUGGAGCAGGUCACUUCCUGGGUAACAACACUGUGAUUGAUGUACUGAGACAAGCAGGAUUUGAAGUGGAGCACACCCCUCCUGGACAACCAAUUGGAAAUUCAGGGUCGACAAAGACAAGCCCAGCCUUGGAAGGGUCCUCAGCAACAGCCCUGCCUGCUGUCCAGCUUUCUGGGCAGGUCCCACUGACGUCUCCUUCCUUGAAGCCCCUGCAGAUGGACGAAGAAGACAGCCUGUCUCCUCACCUCCUGUUGCCAGAUAGCAUCAGCCAGCUGGAAGAGUUUGGCAGGCAGAAGAAAUGGCACAAGAAGCAGCACAAACACCAUCGCCAGAGGCAGUUCAAUGACCUCUGGGUUCGGAUAGAAGACAGCACCACCACGUUGCCUUCCUAUAUCAGGAUAACCAAUGGCUACAUCACAGUCAAACCUCCCAUUUGGAUUUCAAACCGGCUGGAUCAGAGACCGCGUUCCGAUCGCCCAUCCCAGCCUCAGCCUACAAGCUCGGCUUCAGCCAGCCUUUUAUGGCCAUCAAUAACUUCUCCUCUCUGCGUGGCCAUAGCUUCUUUCCUCCUGAAUCUACUGCAGCCUUCCUGACCACAUUAGUAUUACGUGCAAUCCCUUGGAAUAGAGAAGAGAGAUAAUUUAUGAACGAGUUGGAGGUUAAGACAACAACAGUUACA